CAGAUGAGUAACGGCACCCGCGCGCUGCCCUCUCCCGCGGCACCCGGCACAGCGCCCGGGCUGGCCGCGACGCCCGACCCCGCGGCCCUCGCCGGCCCCGCGCUCGCCGCUGCCCACAACGGCUCCCAGGGCAGCGGGCAGCUCUUCCUGAGCACCGUCACGGCACAGGUCGUCUCCGGCUUCUUUGUGUGGUCGGCGCUGAUCCUCACCUUCCACCAGAUCUAUAUGCACCUGAGGAACUACACCGUCCCCAAGGAGCAGCGCUACAUCAUCCGCAUCCUCUUCAUCGUGCCCGUCUAUGCUUUCGACUCCUGGCUCAGCCUUCUCCUCCUUGGGAGCCACCAGUACUACGUGUACUUCGACUCUGUGCGCGACUGCUAUGAAGCUUUCGUGAUUUAUAGUUUCCUGAGCCUGUGCUUCGAGUACCUUGGCGGCGAGAGCACCAUCAUGACAGAGAUCCGAGGGAAGCCCAUAGCGUCCAGCUGCCUCUACGGGACGUGCUGCCUGCAGGGCAUGUCCUACUCCAUUGGAUUCCUGCGCUUCUGCAAGCAGGCUACACUGCAGUUCUGCAUCGUGAAACCCCUCAUGGCCAUCAUCACCAUCAUCCUGCAGGCGUUUGGGAAGUACCACGAUGGGGACUUCAAUGUCCACAGUGGCUACCUCUACAUCACCAUCAUCUACAACUUCUCCGUCAGCCUGGCGCUUUAUGCCCUCUUCCUCUUCUACUUUGCCACCAUGGAUCUCCUGCGACCCUUCAAGCCAGUGCUCAAGUUCAUCACCAUCAAGGCGGUCAUCUUCCUCUCCUUCUGGCAAGGGACAUUGCUGGCAAUCCUGGAGAAAUGUGGCGUGAUCCCUGAAGUCCAGAUUAUUGAUGGGAAGGAAGUAGGAGCUGGGACAGUGUCUGCUGGCUACCAGAACUUCAUCAUUUGUAUUGAGAUGUUUUUUGCCUCCAUUGCUCUGCGCUAUGCAUUUACAUGCCAGGUGUAUAUAGAGAAGAAAGAAAAUUCAACAGCAAACCUUGCCCCAAUGCAAAGCAUCUCGAGCGGGCUGAAGGAGACCAUGAGCCCCCAGGACAUCGUGCAGGAUGCGAUCCACAACUUCUCGCCCACGUACCAGCAGUACACCCAGCAGUCGAUGCAAGACGCGGAGCACAAAGCGCCCAGGGAAAACGGGCACGUGGUGACCAAGGCAGAGGGACUGAGUGGCAGAAAGAGCAAAAACAUUGAGAAAAGAGUGCUGAUCCUGUCAGACGAGGAACUGUAGGAGACCCCAGAGGGGAUAGCAACACAGGAGAGGCUUAAAGCCAUGCGAACGGGAACUGUCUCAAGGCUGGAACAACCUGGUCUAAUCAGAGCACAAAGAGGGUAAAAGAGGUAGGCCAGGGUAGCUUAUUAAUUGCCUUAAAAAGCCGAUCUCUUCAAGUGAAGAGGGAAAAGUUCAACCACAUAGUGCCAGCUUCUACUGCCCCACCUCUACUGGUAUCAGAGAUGGGACUGUCUUUGCUCCACGUCUUCGCCUGUGUUUUGCCUGCCCCACUGCCACUCUCAUGCAUGUGUCCACGCUCUGGGAAUGCUGAACACGGCUCCUGGGUACCCUGUAAGUGCUGUAAGACGGACACACUGCCCUCACCCUCCUCUUGUCUACAAAGGGUGCUGAGACCUGAGAGAAAUGCUUUUCUCAGCACAGUUCCGCUCUAGUUUCUCUUGAUUUCAGUAGAAAUGAUCUCUAAGGACCUUGUGGAGAAAAACAGACCAGCAAGGUGACUUCACUUCACCUCAAAACCCAGUAACAUUUUAAAGAUGUUUUUCCUUACUUUCAUAUACUCCCCCCAUCCCAUUCCCUCAGACAAGUCUGAGGAGUUGUGCAGAAGACACAACUUGUCUUGUUGGAAGAGGUGAUCAUCCUCUCCUCUCUCCUGAUGGGGAUGCAGCUGCCUGAAAUAGCGAUUCCCCUGGGGAGGGAUGGUAGGACCAUGCUCGGGGCUAGAGCAAGGUCUCGCAGCUGCAUUUGAGAGCUGUUGGUGACAGAACCUCUCUUGUUUAUGUCUCAACUGACUAUCUCCAAAGCGAUCUGAAGUUAAAAGGGAUUCCAGUUUCCUUAUCGGAGCAGUUAUUAGG